CCGUCAGAUUUGAAAGCGAAAAUCAAGGCCAGAGUCUGAGCAAAGCCGAAAUGGUUCAUCUCAGUUUUGGGCAUUCUUUCGCCGAGCUCGUGGCACUGAUCCUUCUCCCCGGGCUUGCUUUUUAUCUUCUCAAUAAGAAGAAAGCUGGUGCUCGUAGAAAUGAAGAAGAUGCUGAUACUGGCGCACCUGGUUCGAUGACUCCGCCGACAGAAGCUAAUUCUGAUGGAUCUAGUUCGUUUCCGACAGAAACUAAUGACGGUGGAUCUACUUCGUCUCCGAUGGAAACUAAUAAUGGCGCAUCUAGUUCAUCUCCGACAGAAACUAACAACAGUGCAUCUAGUUCGUCGACCGCGACUACUGGAAACCGCUAUGAGGUGUUCUUGAGCUUCAGAGGCCCAGAUACUCGAUAUGGCUUCACAAGUCACCUCUACAAGGGGCUCCAUGAUGCUGGAAUUGAUACUUUCAGAGACGAAGAGGAGCUCCCCCAAGGCGAGGACAUCGGACCAGAGAUUUUAGCAGCCAUCACGAAGAGUCAGAUCCUGAUCCCCAUUUUGUCCGAGGGUUACGGUACAAGCAGCUGGUGCCUGAAUGAACUGGCUCAAAUAAUGAAGUGCAAGAAUGAUAAUGGGCAAAUGGUGUUGCCUGUAUUCUAUAAAGUGAAAGCAGCUGACGUGGGACAUCAAAUCGGGAAUUUUGGAAAAGCAUUUCAUGAGCGUGAGGAGCGUUUGCUUGAGAGGCCUUCUUUUGACCGAACGAGCUUGGAGAAAUGGAAGAAAGCACUCGGUGAAGUCAGUACCUUGAAAGGAUACGAAGCCGAUGGGUAA